AUGAAGACUGCGGCGGACCCCUCUUCGAUACUCAAACUCGUUCGGGCUAGAGAGUCAGAGAGUCAGCAGCAGCAGCAGCAGCAGCAGCAGCAGCAGCAGCGAGCACGGCCUCGACGUGCCCGCGCCCCCCGUUGGCCCGACGCAAUUCGCACUCCACUGCCGCCGCCGCCGCUCGUCCAAGUCCGACGCCGCCCUUCUUGCUACGCUUCCUCGACCCUGUCUGGCCAUCUCUUAGAAGCUUUACUUUUCGCCAUAGGCUUCGAUAGGCUUCAAAUUGCUCGCCCCGCCGCCGGACCUUUUGCCUCUCCACCACUCACGUUUCCGCACGCCAUCACGCCACCACCAUUGCAACCGCAUCGCGCAUCGCCUCAAGCAUCCCCCGAGCCGUUCCCUCUACGCAUCUCAGCCCCCGCUUUGCGGCAACGCAUGCUGCAGGCCGCAACCAUCGCCAUGCUCAUAUGCACGGCCGCAAGCUACGCUGCUCCGGCUCCCAUAGAUCGUCCCGGCUAUCUGCCGCCAGAAACGCCAACGCCCGCUGCGACCAACCAAUCCUCGCUCACACAACAAAAGUGGAUCGGCCUCACGCUCGCCAUCAGCAGCUCGCUCGCCAUCGGCACCAGCUUCAUCAUCACCAAAAAGGGCCUCAUGGACGCCGCCGAUAGGCACAACGGCCUCGCCUCCGACGGUCACACCUACCUCCAGAAUCCCAUCUGGUGGGCCGGCAUGGCCACCAUGAUCGUCGGCGAGGUCGCCAACUUUGCCGCCUACACCUUUGCACCCCCCAUCCUCGUCACGCCCCUCGGUGCGCUCAGCGUGCUCAUCGGCGCCAUCCUCGCCUCCUUCAUCCUCAAAGAGGAGCUCGGCCGCCUCGGCAAGGUCGGAUGCACGCUCUGCCUCGUCGGCACCGUCAUCAUCGUCGUCAACGCGCCCGAAGACAAGGAGAUCCAGACCAUCGACGAGAUGCUCAACUACGCGCUCCAGCCGGGCUUCAUGCUCUACUGCAUGUUUGUGCUCGGCUUCUCGCUCUUCAUGAUCUUCCGCAUGGUGCCCAAGUACGGCCGCAAGACGCCGCUCGUCUACAUCUCCAUCUGCUCCCUCGUCGGCUCCAUCUCGGUCAUGAGCGUAAAGGGCCUCGGCGUCGCGCUCAAGCUCACCUUUGCCGGCAGCAACCAGUUCAGCCAUCCGUCCACCUACUGCUUUGCCAUCGUCGUCGUCGUCUGCAUCCUCACACAGAUGAACUACUUCAACAAGGCGCUCGAUCAGUUCUCGACCAACGUGGUCAACCCGAUCUACUACGUCUUUUUCACCACCUCCACCAUCCUCGCCUCGGUGCUGCUCUUCCAGGGCUUCAACACGACCACGGCACCCGCCGUGUCGCUGCUCGGCGGCUUCAUCGUCAUCUUUACGGGCGUGUAUCUGCUCAACCUCAACCGCAUGGUCGAUCCGGUCACGCAGCAGCCGAGGAUGUCGCUCGUCACGGGCGAAGGUACGACGCGCAUGUCGGAGCAGCACGAACGGCUGCUCGACCAGCAGCGCACCAUGAGCAGCCUCGCCAACGGCAGGACGAGCUUUGGCGGUCGCAGUGCCGCGGUGUUUGGGCACGGCAGGAGGGGCAGUGGCGGCUCGUCGGUGCUCUUCAAUGCGUACGAGAACGAGGAGGCGCUCGGGCUGGCGCGGCUGGACGAGGACGAGUACGACGACGAUAUGCGCGACACCUCGCCCAUGAUCCGACAGGGCAAGACGCACGCCGCACGCGUCGGAGAGGCGCAGCGUGCACUGCGCGCGAGUCCCAAUGGUCACAGACCAUCCGCCGACAACGCCGCACGCACACAGCGUCAGCACAAACGCGCGAGCUUGAUCGACGACUCGACGGGCGACUUUGCGAAUACAAAUGAUUGGGGUUGGGAGAUCUGCAACACGGCUGUUCGCGCGCGUGCAUAUACCCUCCGACCCAUCAUGCAUGCGGAUUCCGGCGGACGUGGUGUUUCUUCCACCUCUUCCGUUGUUGGGAUGAUGGCACGAGGUCAGACCGAGUCUCCGGAUAAGCCGUGUACGCCUAGCGUUCGGUGGAGUGACAAGCGGGUGCGUGACAAACGCACGGCGGUUCCUGCCACUCCCUGGCGUCCGCGAAUCCUGCGUCGCGAUCUAUCCAACGACACCGAUCAACCCAGUCCACUCGACCGCAAAGUCACCCUACCACCCCUGAAGCUCAUGCGAGACGACACCAUGUUCUCGCCUGCUCCUAGCUCAGCUACGCUCGUACAGGGUGUGGAGAAACACGACGAGCCAAAGGGAGACGCAUAUCGAUGCACCCCCAACUCACCCUUCCUCCCGCGAGCUCCUCCCAACAAUACCACCAAGCCCGACCAUUCCUUCCGCUCAGCCAACCAAGAGACGGAUGCGCAAACUUUGUCGGGCAUUCUGCGUCAGGGUGGCGGGAUGAACAAGGCGGACGAAACGAACGUCUACGUCAAUGGUCUGCCCAAAGAGAUCAACGACAAUAUGCUUUAUCUGCUCGGCUCUUUCUGCGGUGUGGUGAUCAGCCACAAGGCCAUGCUGGACCGCCAUACGGGUAUGUGCAAAGGAUUCGGAUUCCUCAUGUACGCCACGCCCGACAUGGCCACCACGGCGAUCGAAUGGCUCAACUCGCACGGUUUCAGUGCGUCUUUCGCCAAAGAAUCGUUUUCGGCGCGGUUGCGACGCAUGGCGGAUACGAGUUCGACCAACGUAUACCUCUCGAACCUUCCGGUGAAGCUGAACGAGGCGCAGCUGGAGCAGCUCUUCAAUCCUCAUCCGGUGGCGAGUCUCAAGAUCCUGUACGACGUGCAUGGCGAGAGCAAGGGCGUUGGAUUUGUGCGGCUGUUCGAUCGUCAGACCGCGCGGACGUGCAUCGAGCGACUGCACGGUCGAGUGCUACCCGGCACGACGCUGCCGCUCCAAGUGCGGUUUGCGGACAGCGAGGCGCAGAAACACCUCAAGCAUUCGGCGCAGCAGAAGCACACGCUCGAAUCGCUCGGUCUACUCAACCACAAAGCUCCCCCUUCGCCAGCUGUGGACACGCGGGGUAUGCAGAGCGAGGUGCGAUCCAGGCAGUGGGGGGAAGAGGUGAGGCCGUCGGGGGUGGUGGCUUCGCGCGCUUGUGUGGGCAUGCCCAGCGUGCCUGUUUCGCCCGAGCUCAUCUCGUCGAACCUGUACGGACCGGGUGGGUUGGGCAUCCAGGUUCCGCCGAUGUGGGCGAAUGCGCAUCCGAUGGUCAAUGCGGUGCAGCUCGCCCAGCCCAUGCUCGCCGAAUGGACAUCGAUGCCCACAGCCCAGAUGGUGUUUCCGGAGCCGCUCUUCCAUGCCACCGACCAGUACCGCGUACCUGUGGUAGACUGGGCGCAGAAGAAGAACGAGCCCGAACCGCUUGCAGCCCUGCCGAGGCCAUUCAUCCCGCCGCCUGGACUGGUGCCUCGCGAUGGCGAUGACACUCCCAGCCAGCCCGCUCGUCGACAGCAUGUGCGCAAGGAGGCGCGGUUCGACGGUGCCGCGCGCGUGCGAAUCGCUGGAGGAGAGGCACGCAGCAACAACGAUGGCGCCCGCGCCGUAUCGGACCCGACGACGCUGCUCGCCGCGCAGUCGAGGAUCAGGGACGCUUCCGGCGCUGGACGAGUGCGCCGCGCCAUGUCGGCCGAGCACAAUCACAACGUGCACGACGACGACACUGCCUCGAGCGAGCGCGCCGACGACGACGACAGCAGCCUCAGCAUCGAGAUCCAGAUCCACGCCGAUGCCUAG